AUGAGACGCUGGCACAAUGACGGCUGUCAGAGUCCUGAGAUCGUGCUGGUUGACUCUAAUUCCACUCUGCACUGCAAAAGUUGCUCCGCACUAUCAUCCCUUGAUGAAACGACAGACGCGACUCAACAGAAGAACCGCUCCCCACCACCGAGAACAGAGAACCAGCCGUUAAAAUGGCCUGCAAAGGCGCGCUAUUUAGGCGAGUUUUCUUCAGCUGUUGAAGUCACGCAGCCCCCUCGGAAGAUCUCUCGUGUGGGGUCGACUGUGACCCAAAAUGAAGAAGUCGCGAGACCGGAGACCCUUUUUGACGAUGAAAUUCGACUCAUAAGACUGAUGCCACGUGAGGAUUCGGAUGGGCCGGUCCAUGUCAUGUGGGAGAAAACACAUCUCCGUGAACAGCCUGUUCAAACGUAUGAUGCUGUUUCUUAUACCACCGCUGGGGGGUCAUCUCUAUGGAAACCCGUCUUCAUAGGUUUGUUCUGGGACAUUAUUUAUGUUCACAGGAACUGCGAAUCUGCCCUUCGACACAUCAGAAGUCUUGAUUCGACACAGCUUCUCUGGGUUGAUGAACUAUGUAUUGAUCUGGAUGAUGUUCUCGAAAGGAAUCAUCAAGCUGGUCUCUCACGGGAGAUUUAUGCGAAUGCGAAAGAUAUUCUUACAUUUAUAGGUGAUUCUUCACCCGAAACUGGGUUGGUUUUGGGAAAUUUGAAAGAAGCGAACGCGGGUGGUGUCGUUGAGAUUCACUCUGCGGAAUCACAACGUGCCUGGGGAUGCUUUUCUGACCUACCCAUAUUCUCCCGUGUUUGGAUCUUCCAAGAACUUCUGGUCGGCCGACACUUAGUGCUUAUUUCGGGAGAUUCUGCUACCCCUUGGUCCAAAGGAACAAAGAUCACGGUCGCGCCUAAUUCAACCAACAGCUCGAUUGUACACCGUAUAAUUGGAAAUGAAAGCUCGGAUAACGAAUUUCUAGAUAUCCUUCUUGCUGCCUCACAGUAUGACUGCUCGGAUCCGCGGGACAAAGUAUUCGGCGUGCUGGGCCUUGUGGAUGAAGCUAUCAGACCUGACUAUUCACUAUCCGUUGAAGAUGUUUACACGGGCAUUGCUGCAUAUCUUGCCACCUAUCUCGGAGAUAUGAGAAUUUUGAAUUUUGCAGGAUCAAGCCAGUCAAAUCUCGACAUACCAUCGUGGGUUCCCGACUGGACUCAGAAGCAGACCCUUCAGUUCCCCAGUCACGAGAUCGACAACACUGAUCCUGGAAUGGAGGGGAUGAUAGCGUUUUCAUUUCAUGGCAUGGUACCGAGCAACAUAGAGAUCCUUGUCGACCCCAAGUCAAGAGCUUUACAAUGCUCUGCGAUCAGGUUAUGUUCCUGCGAUGGACGAUGGCAGUUAUUCUCAAUAAUGCGGGAAAGAAGUUAUCGUCGGAGCAUCUUUCCAAGAGACCAUCAGGGGAACAUUGUGACGAACCGUCACAGAUCACUUGAGUUUUUCGGCUACGCAAACUUACCGGCGACCGUAACCCAACAAGACAGUGUUUCUGUUUUCCUGUUGCAGGGAAUGGAUCAUCCUGUUCUUUUACGAUAUCUACCCGAAAAAGAGGCGUAUUCAUUACUCACCACGUGUGUGGUCUCAUUUCGACAACCUCAAACAAUGUAUCUUCCUUGGGAGGCGGAUUCUUCAGAUUCUUCAGCCGAAGCCUCACCCAAUAUCCUCGACAUCUAUCGAAUGACGACUGAGGAUGUAGAAGGAAUAGUGGAAUUUGACUCUCGUGUACUUGAUGUGAUCUGGCGACGUCUAAAAAUAUCCCCUGAACCUGACCGCCGCACAUCCUUCCAUUCAACAGCCAGGUUUUUGGACCUCGUGAAAAUAUUUUUCUUGGAGAUUCGAGAAUUAGAGCAGUCUCUUAGGGACUCUUGGAAGGCCAACGAGGACAGACUCGGUUUGAUGUUCCAGGAUUCUGGAAAAGUGUGGUCCUUUGUUGAGUAUCUCGGAGAGCAAGACGAUGAAAUACGCGGCACGGAGAAAAUGCCUCGAGCUGAUAAAUUGAAUACCGCAUGGACAAGUCUACGUGACUGGAAACUACCGUCCGAAUAUACAUGGGAUCUGGAAAGAUUCUGCCUCUCGUUUGUUUCGGGUUCCUCGGCACCUCCUGUGGAAUUACUUGAAGAUGAUGAUUCCGAGCCUGAGGAUCUGAUCUCUCAUAUGAGCGAUAUAAGAGCAUGGGCAGAGACGACGGAGAAACUAUUGAGGAUAAUGUCAUUUACGGAGAAACAUAUGAGCUCGAGUUGGCCCACGUUUCCGGGAAAUGAUAUGGCGCGAACGUGGCUCGCGCCCUUCGAGACCGGCGUGUGGAAAUGGGAGAAAUUCAAAGCUUCACUUGUGGCUAGGGAGAGUAUUUGGGGAUGUUGA